ACCUGACACUGCUGACUGAAGCGCAGGAUGGAUUCUGUCUUCACUCUCUGACAAUGUAGGAUAAGUAGUAUUCUGGUAACACACUGGAGCAGACGAUGUGACGAUGAGAAGUCUGAAGUUGCUUAAACUUUAAUUCAGUUUGCAAAAAACUACUAAGCGCAUUGAAGCUUGACUAUAUUCAGUAUCACAGGAGAAAGAAAAACAGGCAGAUGGAGAUGGAGACGACCACAAUGCCUCCAAGGAACCCGAGGCCCACAAUAGACGAAGAUGCACUGGCAUCCCAGGUGCUGGAGAUCAUUGGUGGGAUCACUCAAGAGGCUCUCCAGACCCCAGAGGAACCUGAUGUGUGGCUAAUGGAGGAGGGAGAUGACUCUGUGUUCUACAGUGAUGAGGAGCAAGCUCACCAGGACAGAAAGUCAAACACAUCUUGCGGAUUUGGUGCCAAUGAGCAUGAGCAUCUUGUCAACAGUGUGGCAGCUGAUGAGGAUGAUACAGGGGGAGAAGAAGAAUCCAUUAUUGAGGAAGAAGUCACAGAGUUGGAGGAAGAAAUGACUCAGCAGGUUACUGUGACUGAACAAGAAGAGGAAGAGCUCCAGAGACCUAAAACUGAGCCUAAGGAUCAGUCAGAUCCUGCAGAUCCAGGGGCACAGGCUAUAACUCCAGAGACGUCUGUGAGUGCAUGUGGAGAAUCACGAAACUGCCCAGCUGCUGACAUGCAAACACAGCAGAAUAUAUCAGCAGAAAAAGCAAAUCUACCAACUGAGAAGAAAGAAGUGACACCAAACCUUGAACCCUCUGACAUCACCAAUGAGGAGAGUGACACAAGAAUGAAAGGGGAAGCAGACGUCCCAGAGCAGAUGUCCAGUGCUGAACUCCAGAUACCAGGUGACAGGCAGCUUCAGGUGGACCACAAGCCAGAGCAGGACCACAACUUCCAUGUCCCCGUGGGGUUUCAUCAAAAGCCCAAUCCAGGCUACUCCACUCUGCCUCUGCCGAAGAAAUCCGGUGGCAGCGCCAGCUCCCAGAAAUCCUUCAACCACCUCUCUUCCUCCAAAUACAGCACCGUGUCCUAUCGCAGGAUCCGCAGAGGCAACACCCGCCAGAAGAUAGAGGCAUUUGAGCACAUGAUUAUGAAUUUGUAGGAUGGUUUUAAAGGAAAAUAAAAAACUGCCAUAACACAAAAAAAGAGCAUACAGGAAACUGAUUGCACAUCUACAGUUUACAUAUUUAUUUGUUCUAAAAUCUUGUACAUGGUAUUGGAAAAUCUCUGAUGUAACUCCAGGUUUCAUAAAAUCUUUCAAAUGAAGAGUGACAUUUAUAUCUUCUGUGUAGCAUCUGAUUGAAGAGCAAUGCCUAAAAACCAUCCCACGUCUAGGAUGUACUUCAUGUUUUUCAUUUGAUUGUCUGAGGAUGAAAGCAUCUUGUUAUGUAAGGCAGGUAUUUGAGCAGCAGAUUACACAAAUAAGACGCUCAGGGCUUU